GUGUAUAUAAAGAGCCUCGCCUCUGACGAAGAGGCACAAGUACCAACCCAUCUGCAUCUCAAGUUGUCCUCUCGGUUGUCACGUGUGAGAUUAUGUAUACCUUUAAGGUGAUAGUAGCAGUCGCGCUUUGCGCGACUGGGACGUUCGGCGCUCCACAACGCGGUGGAGGUGGUGGUGCCGAUAAAGAUGCUGUCAUCACCUCUCAGCAGCUGGAAGUUAACUUCGACGGCAACUACAUUAACAAUUUCGAGACGAGCAACGGAAUAAGUCAUCAGGAGUCAGGACAGCCAAAACAGGUCGACGGUGAAACACCUGUGGUAUCGCAGGGCUCGAGUUCUCAUACGGCUCCGGAUGGUACCCCGAUUCAGCUAACGUGGACAGCAGAUGAAAACGGUUUCCAGGCUCAGGGUGCUCACAUUCCAACCGCACCCCCAAUACCCCCAGAAAUUCAGAGGGCGCUCGAAUGGAACGCGGCACACCCUGAAGAAGAUGACGGUGGUCAGGGCGGAGGACGACCACCCGCGAGAGGUUAAGCGAUGGAAAUCGAGGGAAAAUAGGCAUGAAACGAAAACAAACGAUAUAAUGAAAGGAAACAAUAUAUAUAUAUAUAUAUGAAAUCGUGAUCCCGAAAAAGAAGCUGGCCUGCUAUGGACGAAACCCGCGAGACGUCGAUCUACCGAUCCUGCAUCUCAUUGAUUAAACUAUGUAUACGAUAGUCUGGUACAUAUAAAUAUAUAUAUUAUAUAUUAAUAUAUUAAUAUAGAGAAUACAAAAAAUCACGAAAGACAACAAUCGAACAUUGUACCGGCACAAAUAACUCUCUAUAAAAUAUUAAUAUAAUAAUUAUAUGUACAUGCGUAUGUGUGUACACAAACGCGCAUCAAGCAUAUGAGUUUGUACGUUUAUGAACACACAAACGCGUCAACGUGAGAAUCUUUGUAUUGUCAUAAAAACGAAAGCAACAAAAAAAAAAAAACGAAAAAAAGAACCGAUUUAGUGAAAAUAAAAAACAAGCAUAACCGUCUAUUGGCUGCGUCGAGCAGUUCUCGGUGGUCCUUGAAUGUGUGCGAGCCAUGAACGCAAAAGUAGUACAUUACAGCUCGAGUCUUGUGAUUUUUAUAUGUAAAUAAAGAAUAUCGCCGAAA